UCGCGGAAUUCACCACCAGUUGUCUCAGUCACACGACGUAAUUCACUCCAGUUCGCGAACAAACAACGUCCUUCCGACAAGAAGAGCCGAAUUCAAGUUUGGCAGGAUGAUGACUCACCACUGCGUUCGCUGCGACCACCCGACCUAGCAUCACAACAUCGCAAUAUGCCGCUACAAAAGGCUCGCGAUACCCAGCCAAACCCCACCAAGCCAUUGAUGCCCUCGCUGGCCUCGAAUCGAAAUGUCAAGCCCCCCCUCACGCCUAGGCUUGCUGCUAAUGCUACACCACCGUUGGCUAAAUCAUCAAGAACCGCUACCCCAAAUACUCUGAAGCCUUCCGGGACGAAAGACGAAGGGUCGACGCCUUCCAGAGCUUUCAUAAACAAUAAUGUGACGCCACGAUCAGGUACCCGUAAAUCAAGGGUAGAGAGCAGUCAUUCAACUCCUAGCGGCACUCCACAUGGCUCACGACCGGCUUCACAACUCGAGUCAAUAGGGAACGGGGGCAAACAAACUUCAGUUACAGGGUUUGGACUUGGUAUCAUGGGGUCAGGGAAUAGGAGCAGGCCGAGCAGCACGGUUGGUGUUGCAUAUGCGUCAAAUCCGCCUUCUGUAGCACCGCAGCCGAAGCUUCCACGCCUCGACAGCCAGACAGAGAGCCCGAUGUUCUUUCAUGCUAGCGAUGUUCCGCGAUCUCCGGAGCUACGGUCUGUGACAAAAAAAUCACCAGUGUUUCUUUACGCAAAUGGGCAACAAGAAGAGUCAGCAAAGCCAAUCAGUCAUCCUUCGCCAACGCUAUCGAGCGUCAGUACCAAGUCCAAAAAGUCACAGUUUUUUCAUGCUGAUGGUCGUGCGGACGAGGACAUUCCGCCCGUUCCAUCAUUACCUUCGCCUUCUUUAUCUGGAGCACCACUACAUUUCUUCCAACCUUCACCAGCGCUGCGACCCCCGUCGCCAGCCAAGGAUUCCAAUUUUCAUUUGUCAUAUAGAAAAGGAGCUUCACAGAUCAUAAGGCCUGCUGAACGCCCUAAAACUAUUUCUAUCCUACCACCAAGUGGAUCGGAUGCAAGGAAGCAAUCUAUAGGUGGCUUCUCAACGCAGAUCACGCCUCACAAGCGAACUUCGAGCCUGAGCUCGAUUGAAUCUGGAUCCUCAGCAAGGAAACCCUUUACAGGCGUUGAGGCUACUGGCUUGAGCCCUUUGCAGACAAUAAUUCAAGCACAAAUUUCAGAGGCCGGCGAACACAUAGGUGCUUCUGGCGCUUCUGGUCCAUCAUCGCCAGGUCCAGAGAUUGAUCCCCUAGGCCAGAGCACGUCUUCAGCACAGUCCAGAGAACGACAGACCUCACCCUCAUCGCCCAGCUUUGCGGGGCCACAAAGUCCAACAAAGGGUCCUAGUCCAUGGCAGAACCAGCUCAAUGAAACUAUCAUGAAUGCUCGUGUGGAGCGCAAAAUCCAAGAUUUGGAGAUUAGCAACUCAAGUCUCAUGGCCAUAAACAAGUCGCUUGAAAAGGAGGUUAGACGUCAAAACAGAGAAUUAAGACGCUUCAGGCGAUUGUCAAGGGCAGGAAGGCUUUCUACCUUAUCUGGUAUUGAGUCUUUGGAGAUUGUGGGUGAGGAAGUUGAGUUUGAAGUGCGCAAUGAUGGGCUGAGCGCGCUUGACGACUUCUCAGAGGAUGACGAGGAAUACGGCUAUCAAGAAGAUGAGUCCAGCGACGAAUCUUCUAGCAAUGAUAGCGCUUCUCUAUCACCUGAAGCCAUGGCUGAGCGCCAAGAGCGGAAGCUUGCUAAAGACUCGAAGCGACUACAGCUCGACCUCGCCAAACAUCGCGAAAUCCUUGUUGACUCGCAGAAACUCAAUCAAAGUCUUAAACGUUGCAUGGCUUGGACUGAGCUGAUGAUCAAGGAUGGUCGUAAAGCCCUUCAAUACAAAGCCGAAACUGACCUAGGUGGUCGAAUUUUGGAUUAUGAUGAGAACGAAGACGACGAAUGCGAAGUGGACGGCGCGCCACGCCAUUCGUUACUCAGCAGCUGGACGCCAAGUCCCAUUCAGCAUCUUGAGGCUUUAGAUGGAAUGUUGGGACUGGACACAUCUGAACUGACGAGGAGCUUUUCUGCACACUCGCAAGAAGCCAGCACUUCUCGUUCUAUGACUGAGGAUGCACAAAAAAAGACGAUACCAGAUGCACUUGCUGAAGGCAACUUCUGGUCUGUGGCAGCUGCGCUGGAAUAAGCCACGUCAUGUUCAACUCAAACCGUUCUCUCCUUUCGUUUUAUUUUUUCUUACUGAUUGACUUUGCUUCAGAACGGCGUUUGCAAUCAAGAACCACUGUUGGGUUCUCAAAGAAUACAGCUUGUCACCUACAGAGACUUACUCCACUUACCAGACCGGUAGCAUUUCUUUCCUGUUGAGAUUAGUAUAUACCCUCUUUGCAUGGAGUUUUAAGCGUGUGGGGGUUAUUGUAUGAUAUGUAUAUGGGCGUGAAUGAGUGUGUGCACCCCUUGCGUUAACGAUAACGGGGUUCAGUUUGUCAUGGCCCAUUCCUUUGGGAUCUUUUCUUAAGUCUUUGUCCAAUUGUGAUGGAACAAUACACAGCGAGCCUUUGUCGAGUGGCAUAUUGAAGCUGUUGUAAAUGAUUGCUGGUCUUGUAGAGCAGUCCUGAAGGUUAUUGGAACAGAAGUGAGCAGUAAGGAGAGCAAUUAAUAUAGAUUGAUAACACUUAACUGAAAAAUCAAGAUAUUCACUAA